UUUUGGAUAUCGGAUGUUUCUUUGUUUUCUAGCACUCCUUCAAGAAACCAAAUUCACAUCUUUUAACAAAGAAGAGCCCUUUUCUGCCAUUUGAGGACAUUCUACCGAUUGAACGGUUGUCACAGAAGUAUGAUUACUCUCUUUUUGCAGUUGCAACGCACACAAAGAAGAGACCAGACAACUUGAUAAUGGGUCGAAUGUUUAGCAACCAUCUGCUGGAUAUGGUGGAGUUGGGUAUUGUGAAUUACAAAGGUCUAUCAGAUUUCAAGAAUGCAAAGAUAUCUUCAGGAACAAAGCCAUGUAUGGUGUUUUGUGGUACUGACUUUGAAGACAUUGAUGAAUAUAAGAAGUUGAAAAAUUUUUUGAUUGAUUUCUUUCGAGGAGUGGAAGCAACUGAUGUAAGACUGCAAGGAUUUGAACAUGCUCUGCUGUUCAUUGCAAUUGAAGGAAAUGUUCUUAUCAGAAGUUACAAAAUAAUGUUAAAGAAAUCUGGUACCAAAAUACCAAGAGUUGAAUUAGAAGAGAUAGGACCCUCUAUGACACUUUUGCUGAGAAGAAAUAGAUAUGCUUCUGAUGAUUUGAUGAAAAGAGCAUGCAGACAACCCAAGCAGUUGAAGAAAAAGACCGUGAAAAAUCAUAGUAAGGACGUGUUUGGCAGCAAACUUGCCAGAGUGCACAUGACCAAAUUAGAUUUGAAGAGGUUGCAAACACGCAAAAUGAAGGGCCUGAAGAAAACUGAUGGCAAGAAAAAAGGCAGUAAAUCUAAGAAAACUGGAACUACAGAGUCCAUGGAAGUUUCCCAAGAAUAAAGGAUGAUAGCAUAAA